AUUUGUCCACAGACAGGGCUGGCCCACAGUCCAUUGCCUGCCAGGGGCCAAGAGCUGCUCUGACCACCCAAGGAUUCUCCUUCUCAAUCCAAAUGCCUCCAACUAACCCCUGACUCCUGACCUCUGGCCCCAAGCUGCCUUGCCCUACCCUUCCUAAGGGACCAGGAAACCCCUAGAAGCUCCAUUGUAGACGUGGGCGUUGACGCUGGUCUCACCUCAAGAGCAAAGGCUGUGCAAGGCGCUCAGUUCUCAGCCCCUAGCCUGGUCCACCAUGGCACAGCGGCUCCAGGAUGAGCUGUCUGCUUUCUUCUUUGAGUAUGACACUCCCCGAAUGGUGCUCGUGCGCAACAAGAAGGUGGGCGUCGUCUUCCGCCUGAUCCAGUUCGUGGUUCUGGUCUACGUCAUCGGGUGGGUGUUUGUCUACGAGAAAGGCUACCAGACCUCAAGUGGCCUCAUCAGCAGCGUGUCUGUGAAACUCAAGGGUCUGGCCGUGACACAGCUCCCAGGCCUGGGCCCCCAAGUCUGGGAUGUAGCUGACUACGUCUUCCCAGCCCAGGGGGACAGCUCCUUUGUGAUCAUGACGAAUUUCAUUGCAACCCCCCGGCAGGCUCAAGGCUACUGUGCAGAGCACCCGGAAGGGGGCAUAUGCACAAAUGACACUGGCUGCACCCCAGGGAAGGCAGAAAGGAAGGCCCAAGGUAUCCGCACAGGCAAGUGUGUGGCCUUCAACGACACUGUGCAGACAUGUGAGAUCUUUGGCUGGUGUCCCGUGGAGGUGGACGACAACGUCCCACGCCCUGCCCUUCUCCAAGAAGCCGAGAACUUCACUCUCUUCAUCAAGAACAGCAUCAGCUUUCCACGCUUCAAGGUCAACAGGCGCAACCUGGUGGAAGAGGUGGAUGCGGCCUACAUGAGGACCUGCCUCUAUCACAAGGCCUUGCACCCACUGUGCCCCGUCUUCAAGCUUGGCUAUGUGGUACAAGAGUCAGGACAGAAUUUUAGCACCCUGGCUGAAAAGGGCGGCGUGGUAGGCAUCACCAUUGACUGGAACUGUGACCUGGACUGGCAGGUACAGCACUGCAAGCCCAUCUACGAGUUCCACGGACUGUAUGAGGAGAAAAACCUGUCUCCAGGCUUCAAUUUCAGGUUUGCCAGGCACUUCGUGGAAAACGGGACCAACCACCGGCACCUCUUCAAGGUGUUUGGGAUUCGCUUUGACAUUCUCGUGGAUGGCAAGGCUGGGAAGUUUGACAUCAUCCCCACAAUGACGACCAUCGGCUCUGGGAUUGGCAUCUUUGGAGUGGCCACGGUUCUCUGUGACCUGCUGCUGCUCCACAUCCUGCCCAAGAGGCACUACUACAAGCAGAAGAAGUUCAAGUAUGCGGAGGACAUGGGGCCGGGGGCGGGGGAGCAUGACCCCGCGGCCACCAGCUCCACCCUGGGCCUGCAGGACAACAUGAAGACAUCCUGACCCUCGGCCCCUGACUCUUAACCGGACACAGCAUGACACUUCAGGCGGGGGCCCUGGUGGGGUCCCAGCCAGGACACAGAGGUCUCCUCAGGAGCUCUCCAACCUCUUAACCAGGCAGACACUAGGUUGCCUGCGGCUCAGCGUGGACACUGGGAGAGACCUGUGCAAUUCUGGGCUCUGGCCCCAACUCCACAACCUCCAAGGGAGCUUCACCCAGCCUCAGCCACUUCUGGUCUAGAGCAGCUGGGGCUGGGCAAGGCUCCUCUCACACUCCUGUGUCAGAGAAGUGUGCUUCUCUCUCUGGGCCCUCACGCUACCCCACUGCCUCACGUCUCUAGAUCCAUGCUUUCCCAUAUGGCAGACACUAGCCAUGAUGACAAUUUAAAUUUAUAUUAACUUAAAUUGAAUAAAAUACAAAAUUCAGUUCCUAAAACUAGCCACAUCACAACUGCUAAAUAGACACAUGUGUCUAGCGGCUGCCAUAUUGAACCACAUAGAAUAUUGCAGAAAGUUCCAUUGGACAGCUCUGCGUAAGCCCCAUUUCUUACUGGCCCCAGAUUUUCCUAGGGAGCUUAUAGACAGUGCAGGCACCUGGGGCCACCUCAGACCUCCUCAACCGGAAUCUGUAGGGCUGGCCACAGAUCUGUAAGGAUGGAAAACUCCAGACCAUUUUCAGGAUAUAAGUUCAAGAACUGCCUCUGAUUAGGUAUCAGAUUCAGCCUGGGCCUGCAUGGCCUCACAGAUGCAGGUACUGAGCAGGUGAGCGGUGUGUUUAUAAGCCACGUGGUGUCUCACGUACACACCCCCAUACACACACUCAUCCACAUGCACACCCCCUUCCCACCCACACUCUGUUUUUGAACAGCUAGAGCCCUGCAAACACAACCAUCUAAACGUACCUAUGCCCUCGAGUACAGACACAUGGUCCAUGCCACAGCACCUCCAUGGGGAUAUGCUUCUCCCCAAGUGUGUCAGGCUGAGACCGUCCCUUCUAGCCAUGAAUCCUUACUCAGCUACCUCGGGUUGGGGUGGAGACCUGGCCAAAUCCUGGGCUUCCUACUUCUGUCCCAGCCUUAGCGCCUAAGGCCUGCCCAGUUCUGUUUGAACACAACGUCUGGGGAAAGUGAGGGGCGGAGUACAAUAAAAGGAAUGAGGACAAA